CUGACAGUCAGAUUUGGUGGAUGGUACACCUGCAAAAGUUCCGAGUGAAACUAGAAUAAUAAUAAUAAUAAUAAUAAUAAUAAUAAUAAUAAUAAUAAUAAUAGCAGCCAAGAUUGUUUCAAAGCCUCCUCCAUGCCGGCCCACACCCCACUCUGCCAUGCUUGUGCCCCCCCAAACCUCUUUAAUGGUCUCAGAGAAUGGAACAUCGCGUUUGUGAUCGACACCUCAGGGAGCAUGUACUCCAAACUGUUGGGGGUGAAGGAGCAUCUGAUUCAGGCACUGUAUGAUAGGGCUUACAAGCUUCCGGAUUUCAGAUUUAACAUUGUGGAGUUUAACAGCGAGGUCAGUAAAUGGUGCGACCGGUCAGUACGAUGCAGUCCACACACUCUCGCUGAAGCCGUUGCCUGGAUUCGCUGCCUGGAGUGCCGCUCUGUCUCAGACUCCUGGACCACACUGACCGCACUGGCCACUGCUUUCGAGGACCCAGCCUGCCACGCUGUGUGCCUGGUCACUGAUGGGCUGCCAGACAGCUCGCCUGGAGGAGCCAGACCUUGGCUGGAAAACUGGCCUCCUGUCCAUGUGGUGUAUCUCAGCCAGAGCUCCCCCCAGUGGCUACUGCAGGAGAUAGCACGGGAGACCGGUGGAACCUUCCACAUGUCAGCCCUGGAGUCUACCAGUGUUGUAGAGGCGGCGAUGCCAUUGUCCCAGGCAUUUUGUUCAGUGUUGGGAGGCAGUGACAGCUCACUGUGUUACUUUGGGGUGCCUCUUCACUGGCCUGCCCUUUGUAUUCCCAAUUCACACAGACGCCCUGUGAAAGCCGCAGUGAAGGGGGACUCUGUUGAUGGGUCCCAGGGGGGUCCUCGGCUGGUUAGAGGGGCUCGGAUUUUAGCCAGGAGAUACCAGGAUGGGUUUUACUAUCUGGGACAUCUCAGCCAGGAGGUUCCGGGCUUGGAAGAAGUGUUCACAGUGGAGUUUGAGAGCAGCAAGCACUUCAGAGGCAGAGCUGGGUGCCGCCUGCAGGAGACCCGGCUGUGUGAUCUGGUGCAGUAUGAAGAUGCAAUGAGGUGCCCUGUCACUCCUGGGGACUCUGUCCUGGCUCCCUGGGAGCCCGAUUUGGAGCGAUAUGGACCAGGAACUGUGCUGUUGGGCCAGGAGAGGCGAGGGCAUAAUUCAGAUGCUGAGACCAGUGAGCAGGGUCUGGUAGUGAAUUUCUGGAAUGGGCACACAGAGAGGGUGAGACCAGGAGUGGCCAUCCAGGUCCCCCUGCAGCUGUUUGAAUUCCUUGUUCUAGAACUCCAGAUGCCCCUGUCAGCUAGACGGAAGCUCCAAGAAAUUUCUCCGGGUUACCCCAAGACCACUCCCCCUGGGUAUAGGCCGUGGAUGGCUGAGAUAGUCCCAGCUGAGUAUUCCUGUAGCUAUUCAGCCACCUCCACUCCCUCAGGAGCCCACUUUAUCUGUCCACACCGGCCUGGCAUUAACUGCCAUAGCCUGUCAAUUUUGGAUGUGAGUAGGGAUGCCCUGCUUGAAGGAACCCCUGGGAUUGGUCUAUUGAAUGAGGAUACGAGGGUGGAGGGGCAGAGCCAGAGAUCCCUUGGAAGAUCUGCUGCUUCUGAUCUUUGUACCCCUUCACGUCCAAAAAAGGGGGUGCAAGCUGUGCGGUUUAAGGAUGGAACACACAGUAAAUCAGAGCAGCUGCAGAUCAAACAUGGAGGUGCACGAAAGGAUGUCUGGAGAGGCACUUCCACUAGCACUGUGGGGAAUGUGAUCCACUGCAGGGCAGUGGACCCAGGCUGUAGCUUGAGGGAACCUUUGUGGGAUAGGGAGAAGAGGGCAAAUGAUGAAUGGAGGCACAGUGACCCACCACCUACCUCCCCAAUCAGCAACAGACCUGGGUUUACUUUCACAAGCGAGACAAGUCACAGAGAGGUGUUCCAGGGUAUCCAUCAGGCAUUGAGAAGAGAUCAAAAAGCCAUUGAGGCAAACUUGUCUCAGAAGAAGAAAAAAAGCCGGUGAAGACUUGAGGGAAUGAAUUGGAAUUGGUCUCCAGCGGAGAAAAGAAAAUAACAGCAACAGUACCAGGC